AAUUAUUAUGUGGUUGGCAAAACGUAGAGCGGAGUUGGUGUAGGUAUAAUUAAAUUUGCAAGAGUGUUUAGAUGAUGCGCGCCGGCGAUAGCAGUGCGUCGUCUCUUGUCUCUGUCGGGGUGGCCGGGCACACCUACGGUGACCUAUUUUCUGGUUAUUGCAUUGAAGCUAACUAUUUAUGUCUAAGGGUGUAAACUGGGGCGCCGACCGCCUUAAAACCCGCGUAUGAUCAGUUAAUUCUGUGACAAAUAUUUGCGAAUUUACAGUGGAAUUGUGCAUAGUGUAUGUUUAUCUAGUAAUGGUUCAAGGGUGAUUGCCCUGGUGUUACAAGAAUGUCACUAACAGGUAUUAACAAAUAGGAGUGGUGUUAGUGAUCAAUGUGUAGUAUAAUACGAACAAUGGCGCCGAAACGAUCGGCCGUGGGUUCUAUAAUAACGGUGGCCAACAAAACUGCAGUAUGAUGGACUCAGAAUUGCCACCGGGUAGCUGUAAUUCCACCGGACAUCUGUCCACCAUCGGAUACCACACCCUGCCUGGCCGUAUGCACCACUCGGCAAGCACUCCGGCAGGGGUGGACUGCGCGGGCGGGGGGUCGCGCACACCGCCAGCGACCCCCAAGAAGGGCGGCAAGAUGCUUGCCGUACGUGUGCAGAUGUUAGACGACAGUAUCUCCAUGUUUCAGAUACAGUCAAAGGCGCUGGGCAGGGUGUUGUUCGAUCAAGUCUGCAGGCAGCUGCACCUUCUAGAAGCGGACUACUUCGGUCUGGAGUACCAAGAUGCCAACGGUACAAAGUACUGGUUGGAUGUGGAGAAACCAAUGUGCCGACAACUGGGCCUGUCCAUGCUCGAGCCGACGCUCCGGUUUUGCGUGAAGUUCUACACGCCGGACCCGGCGCGGCUCGAGGAGGAAUUCACCCGGUACCUGUUCUGCCUGCAAGUGAAGCGCGACCUCGCGCACGGCUGCAUACAGUGCAACGAGAACACCGCCGCGCUCAUGGCCAGCUACAUCGUGCAGGCGGAGUGUGGCGACUUUGUCCCUGAAGACUAUCCGGACCACACGUAUCUCAGCGGGUAUAAAUUCUUCCCCGGCCAAGACUCGGAGUCGGAAAGAAGAAUUAUGGAGAACCAUAAAAAACACAUAGGUCAGAGUCCUGCUGAGGCAGAUCUUAAUCUAUUAGAAACAGCAAGAAGAUGUGAAUUAUAUGGAGUUAAAAUGCACCCGGCAAAGGACCACGAGGGUGUACCACUGAACCUGGCGGUAGCACAUAUGGGCAUCGUGGUGUUCCAGAACUUUACCAAGAUCAACACCUUCAGUUGGGCGAAAAUUAGGAAGAUAUCAUUCAAAAGGAAAAAGUUCCUCAUCAAAUUACAUCCAGAGGGUUAUGGUUACUAUCGGGACGUGGUGGAAUUCUUCUUCGAGGGACGCAACGAGUGUAAGAACUUUUGGAAGAAGUGUGUGGAGAACCAUGGAUUCUUCCGAUGCUCGAGUGUGCCGCGGCUCCCCAGGCACAAGACCAGGGUCAUAUCAAGGGGCUCCUCUUUUAGGUAUAGCGGCAAAACGCAGAAACAAAUCGUCGAGUUCGUCCGAGACAACUAUGUGAAGCGGCAGACAUUCCAGAGGUCGGGCUCGUUCCGCGCGUCGCGCUCGGUCGGCUCGUCGCGCGGCAACGUGUCCGCGCCCGCGCACACGCCCGCGCCCGCGCUCAACGCCAGCCUCUCCGCGCACCCGCUGCUGCCGCUGCCGCCCGGCUCCGACGCGAUUUCCCUGGAGUGGGACAAGCAACCUCACUACCUGGAGGCUUCUCUGAUGAUGAAGGGAUACAGUGCGGAGGAGGCGCGCGCGGCGGCAGCCUCGCGGGCGAGCACGCGGCCCUCGGAGGCCGCGACUCGCCCGCCGCUCGCAGCUACCGCCUAUGCCACCACGAGGGACAAGCUCUCAAAACUGUACUGCAGCCAAAUCGGAGCGCCCGAGCUUGUGACCCAUGCCGAGGUCAAUCAUCAUCCUACGCUGGAUUCGCCUCUGCCUCGUCGGACGACGACACAGUUGGUUUCUCCGGAGAGUAUAUGGAGCCAGGCGAGUUUGGGACGCGCAGCUGGUCGCGCGCGCGCACCCACUCCGCCGCCUCGUGCCCCGCGGGAGGAGCGGCCGGACGCGAGGCAGCCGCCGGCGGCAGACGAGACAUCACCGGAGGAAGAAAAUACGGUGUCGUCAGCGAGCCUGUGCAUGUCACCCGCCGCGAACGAGGACCGCAGCUUGAACGAAGAGCCGCUCGGUGCCUCGACGCCGCUCGUGCGACCGCCACGCUCCCUCGCCAACGGACACGACGCCGUGGACAACGCGCGUGACAAGGACAGCAAUAGGAUCAACGGGAAUGUUAAUGUGCACGUAGUAUCAGAAUCGACGAAUAGUAUGGACGUGUUGAGCGGCGGCGAGAGCGACGCGGGCGACACGCUGAAGAGGCAAAAUAAUAAUAACAGUAUAUCGUCGACGCUAACCAGUAUUAUACGAGAGGGAGGCGGAGGCGACGUGCCGCGGCGGCGCGGCGCCGAUCUCACGUACUUUGUGGCCAAGGAGCUGCUAAUGACCGAGCGCACGUACAAGCGGGACCUCGAACUAGUCACUGUGACGUGGUCGUCGCGCGUGUCGUCGCUGGCGGCGGGCGGCGAGGGCGGCGAAGUGUCAGCUUUGGCGCGAGCGUGCCUGGCGCUCGAGCCGCUGGCGCUGCCCGCCGGCGCGCUGCUGGCCCGCCUCGAGCGCAUGCUGGCCGCUUCCUCGCCCCAUAACCUCAAUGACAACGAAGAACCAGAGUACAAGAAAACACCCGAAUUACUGUACGAUCAUUUGUCAAGUACAUUUGAUGCGUAUAUGUCGUAUGUAUGCGCGGCGGGUGCGCUGGUGGCGCUGGUGGAGAGUGUACGGCGCGGCGGGCGCGGGCUGGCGCGCGCGGCGGCCGCCUUCGACGUCGCCGCGCCGCUGCCGCUGGCCUGCCUGCUGCUGCGGCCGCUGCACCGCCUGCUGCACCUGCACCGCCUCGCCGCAGAGCUGUGCGCGAGCAGCGGCAGCGAGGCGGCGGCGCGGGCGGCCGAGCUGGUGGCACAGGCCGCCGCCGCCGCCCGGGAACAGCUGCACCACGUUGAGAACCACGCCGCGCUCUGCCAGCUGCAGCGGGACAUACGCGGUUAUGACAAACUCUUAGUAGCGGAGAGAGAGUUUGUGCGAAUGGGGUGCCUGUACAAGCAUUCUACGCGCGGACUCCAGCAAAGGAUGCUUUUCUUGUUGAGCGACAUCUUGGUGGUGGCGACGCGGGCAGGCGGCGGCAGUGGCGGGCCGCAGUUCCGCGCCGCCAGUGUGGUGGCGCUGCACUCGCUGCAGUUGCACACCUCGCACCUGCCGCACUCCUUCCAGUUGCAAGGCGAGGACGUGAACCUACUGUUCAGCACGAGUAACGAGCAGGAAUUCGUCGGCUGGUACCAGUCGCUGGAGAGCGCGAUAGCGGCCGCGCGGCAGAACGUCGUCUCCGUCGACACUGAACUCACGCCAUACGAGACGGAGACCGAUUCGUCGCCGAGUGGAAGUAUGAGUGCGAGUGGUAGCGUGUGCGCGGGCAGUGCUCUGGCGGGCGUGUGCUGGCACCGGGCCACCUCGCUGGACAGGCAGCACCUGCACCGCGCGCUCAGGACCCAGCUAUCAGGCCACCUGUUACGCAAGUUCAAGAAGUCGCCGGGCUGGCAGAAGCUGUGGGUGGUGUUUGCCGCAUUCACGCUAUACUUUUACAAGAGCUGGCAGGACGAAACGCCGCUCGCUUCGCUGCCGCUGCUCGGGUACAGUGUGGGCCCACCAUCGGAGAGCGACGGUAUCGACAAAGACUUUGUGUUCAAGCUACAGUUCAAGAACCAUGUAUACUUCUUCAGAGCGGACAGCUUGUUCACGUACAAUAGGUGGACAGAAGUGCUGCAAACAUCAAUGGUUCAACAUAGCAAUUAAUUUAAGUAAAUUAUUCCAAACUAUAGCUACAAAAAUUGGUGCCAUAAUGAUGUUGUGUUAAAAAAUCAUUUAAAACUGAAGCAAUAUUAAUCUUGCCCAUAAUUAUGUAUGUAAUGUCUUAGUCCAGAUAAAAAUAAAGCUGCUAAGAAUAAGUUAAAGUGAUUUUGAAGUGAUCAAUAGUUUAAAAUAUAGAAAUGAUAGCUACUUAAUUCAUGUUUCUGAAUCAGACUGCUUAUUUAAUGUAAGCUGUUUAUUUGGUUUGCUUUCCAAUUUACUGUCAAACAUUCUGAUUGCAUAUCUGUUUGACAGUGUAAACAUUUUUGCUCACAAAUGCCUUUAUUGUGAUAUGAAUACUUGAUAUUAUUAUAUAUUACUAGUGGAUAAAGGCAGGCUUAAGAGGACAAACUGACAUUGUUUACCUUUCAUGUUUCAAACAGAAAUAUUUAUUUAUAUAUUUCCGAUUUACAGGGUGUAAUAGAAUAUGUUAAUACUAUAUUUAUUAAACAAAAUUUUAUAGAUGUUUCUAUUAAAAAAUAUGAAAUAUGUUGACAUAUAUAAGUAACUCAUACAGUUAAUUUUUGAAAUUAACUGUAUGAGUUACUUAUAUAUGUCAACAUAUUUCAUAUUUUUUAAUAGAAACAUCUAUAAUGUUUCCGUCUAUUAUUGUACGCUUACUGCCCGCUAAUAAUUAAUGCUCCUUUCCACUCAGGGUUUGCUGGAAGAGAACUCUUACAGAGUUAAGCUCGCCUGUUGUACAUCUUUAUUUUAUAUAUAUAAUAUGUUGUAAUUUUUUCUGUGUACAAUAAAGAAUAAAUAAAUAAAUAAAUUAAAAUUUGUGUAGAUAUAUAUUAUACAUAAUAAUGUAUACUAUUUAAUAACAUAAAAUUGAACAAUUUUUUCCGAAUUGAAAAAUUAUUUAUUAAUAUAAUUAUUAUUUAUUUAUAUAUUUUUUGGAAAACGUACAGCUGAAUUACAGUCAAUACAUAAUCAAAUUUAUAUCUAUGUUAAGCCAUGAAUCGUUUUCACAUUUAUAAUACACAAGAGUACCUAAUAAAUGUUUGAUGACUUAAAUUAUAUAGAUAGAGUGUUUCCAUAAAAAUGCUUCGAAAAAAACAGGUCAAUAUUUUAUCCAUGUGUUUGUGUGUGUAAAUCAGAAUACUAGAAUGUAUAGUUAUUACUAAAUAUGUAUAGAAAAUUUCUAUUGUAAGGUUAAAUCUAUACUUAUAAUAAAUCUGUAGAGAGGUCAAUUCUGUACAUGAAAUAUAUUUCCAAAAUAACUAUCAGGGGGUGAUUAGUGAUCGAUACUGAUGCCAAAAAUGCAAUCAGUAAAGUUUUUGUCUGUCUGUCUGUAUGUUCGUUAUAGAAACAAAAACUUCUCGACGGAUUUUAACGAAACUUGGUACAAUUAUUCUUCAUACUCCUGGGCAGGUUAUAGUAUACUUUUCUUCACGCUACGAUCAAUAGGAGCAGAGCAGUGAAGGGAAAUGUUGGGAAAACGAGAGAAGUUACUCCAUUUUUAAGCUUCAGUCGCGUGUGCAGCCUUGAAGGACACUUUUUAAAACGUAAAAAUGUCCACCCGUGCGAAUCCGGGACGGGCCGCUAGUUAAAAAGUAAAAAUAAUAUACGAGGUCUGUCCGGAAAGUUCGUAUAAAAGUGUUCUGGAAUGCGAGAAAGAGGAGUGGGGAGGCCAGGUAAGCGCAGGACCCCUUCCUUAUGUCCCUAACAAUGCUUCAGUUCUGGUCUGACCGCCGUGCGGUGCGAACUGGCUUGUCACGCCAUCUGUGAAGUUACCUCUUAACGAAACCCCGUCGGCAUGGAGCCCGCUUCCGUUGAAGAGCAGCGCGUCGUAAUCAAGUUUCUCUCGAAACUCGGCAAGAAUGGCCGUGAAAUUUUUGCCGAUCUAAUUCGAUAAGACAUCCGGGGAACCACGAACAAAAAAAUCAAGAAAAUCCCGCUCAAAUGUCAAGACAAUGUUGAUUGUUUUUUUCGAUGUUCGGGGGAUUGUCCAUCAAGAAUUCGUCCCUCCAGGCCAGACAGUUGAUGGAAAAUUCUACGUCGAUGUGCUCAGACGCCUCAAAGCUCGUGUGGCACGAGUUCGUCCAGAAUUGGCGCGAGAGGGGCGUUGGAUUCUUCACCACGACAAUGCCCCUGCCCACACCUCUCUUGUUGUCCGUGAGUUUUUGAGUAAAAAUUCCAUUACGGUGACCGAACACCCCCCUAUUCGCCGGAUUUGGCCCCGUGUGACUUCUUCUUGUUCCCAAAAACCAAAUUGGUACUUCGGGGGCGGCAUUUGGGGGACAUAAAUGAGAUAAAAAAAGCUACGACGGGGCAGCUGAGAAACCUACAACCAGAGGACUUUCAAGGAGCCUUCUCACAGUAGAAACGGCGUUGGCACAAGUGCAUUAUGUCACAGGGGGAGUACUUUGAAGGGGAUAAAAUUGAUUUACCUGAAUAAUUGUAAAAUAAAAUUUUUAAAAAACUUUUAUACGUACUUUCCGGACAAACCUCGUAAAAUACUUACGAAUAUAUUCGGAAAAACGGGAUAAACAAUGCAUAAUGAUUAAUAAUGAUGCUUAUAUUUAUUGAUAACUUGUAUUUAUAUUUGAGAAUAGACUUAAAAUAUGUUUUAGUUGUUAAAAUCAUUGAAAGUGUAGCCAUUUAAAGUAAUACAUUUAAAUUAAUUUAUGAACAUUAUGUACAUACAUAAUUAUAUUACAAUAAAUAGUUCACAAGUAUUAUUUUAAUAAUCGACAUGAUCUGGGAGAUUUUUAAUUAAAAAAAAUUGUCAACUAAACAUCACUUUAUCUGACUAAAUAUUCACAAGUAUUUUUUAAAACAAUUUGCGCAAUUAUUUCAGUGUUGCAAGUACAAGUUGCAACACUGCAUUUAGUCAGAUAAAGUUACGUUUAGUUGACAAAAUUUUGACCUGUUUUUGAUGCUCAAUGCUCUAUCUAUAUAAAUUAAAGUUGGUGAUUAUGUAGAACCAUUACGGUUAUCAGUUUUGUGAUAACACAUAUUGGAUGAAUGUUCACAAUGUAGCUUUAGUAAUAUAAUAAACGUGAUGUCACACAGUAGUUUGUAAGUUAAUGUUACAGAUCCUUUGUAAAAGGAGUUUUAGGAUUAAUAUUGAUAUCGUAGUAGAUGGUCGAGGAAAAAGUUAUAUAUAUAUAUAUAUAUAUAUAUAUAUAUAUAUAUAUAUAUAUAUAUAUAUAUAUAUAUAUAUAUAUAUAUAUAUUGUAAUGAUGUCUCCACACAGAGGUUUACAAUAAUAAUUUUUUUGUUGAAUUACAUCCAUUCGUUCUAUAAAUAUAUAUAUAUUUAUACAUAUAAUAUCAUUUUUAUGCAUGCAUAUUGCAUUGAUUUUGAUGAAAUUCGAUGUCAUAAUAACUUAGUGUUUAUGUUAGUAUAGAGGGCACUUUUUCAUACAGUAAAAUAUCCUAUUGCCCUUGAAAAGUACGUAUCUUUCGUCAAGCGAUAGUUCACGGUUACGUUUGUUGUGUUGAAAAUUAUGAUAUACAAAUUUUAACUGUUCAAAAGUAAAAAUUGGUUAACUGUGCCAUAUAUAAGGCAUAAAUAUGUUCAUUCCAAACAUUUUUUAGUUUGGAAAGUGCUUAUGGUUCUCUAAAUCCGGCUCGAAGGACCAUAAUACGAGAAUAAUGCAAUUGACAAGAUAUAUUUUUAAUGAAUAGUUUAUAUAUUAAUUAUAAUAAGUUGGCAUGAAAUAUCACUUUAUAUUGUUUUGUUGUGAUUCAAAUUUUUUUUUUUUAUUUUGAAACGCAAAAUGAACAUUUUACUAUUUUGGAUACGAUCACUUCUGUGUGGGAUACAUUGAGGUAUAAAUUGUUUUAUGAGUUAUUCAUUUCCUUAUUCAUUUGUAAAUAAUAUAAUGCUUUAGCCCAAAUAAUGCAAAAGGGUAAGUUCAUGAUAAUAUAUUAGAAAUUAAGUUAUAUGAAUAUUAGUAAAAGUAAUAUAGACAGCUAAAAAUAAUAAAGUAAUAAUUAUUACAAAAGCCGUUACAGAUCUGAUCUGCGAGCGCUUUUGAAUCACAUAAGAGCGAAGGUUGCUUUUAUAGUUUGUUACACUGAUGUAGAUACAAAUAGAUGUCGCAAGUACAUCGAUUGCCGUACCCAUUACACUGUUUGACUUCGUUGGAGAUUUGACUCUAUUAUGAAAUUCAUGUCGAAAAAAGUUCAAACAAGAACUCCGCCUGGAAUACCGUUUAACAAAUUUUACAGAUUAGAUGAAAAAUGCAUACUUUGUUUAUAAAAACAUCAAGCAGUGUAGUUUUUUUACAUCGAUUAAUAUUAUAUUUAUUUAGGCAGCUUCAGCCAUAAAUCAUAUACAUAUCUAUUCAUUUCGUCAAAAUCUGUCUAAAUUUUUCAUAGGUGUAUAAUCCGAGGUUGCUAUAAAAUUAAAAAUGCCGACUUUCCGAUAUAAUUUUCCAUAUGUUUUUUACGCUAUAUUUUACAAGACAAUAUUUUUUUUUUAUUUCUACGUUACAGCAAAGACAUACCACAGAUACUGCCUUAGCAAUGAGUAUAUGAAUUUUUAUCAGCGUCUUAGGUGUGCAUAUGUAAAUUUAUACUAUUUAUCAGUGUAUCCAUGAAUAUUACAAAAUAUUACACUUAUUACUUGCAACACUGAACAUACGACGCAAGUUGUUUUUUUUUUAAAAAAAAAACACUUGUCUGAACGUUUUUCAUGUUCGACGCACUUGCACUAUCUAGGUGUAUAUUGAUCUACUAAAUUAUUACAUAGAGCGUGAUACUUGCGACUUUUAUUCAAAAUUUAUCUAUACGUCGGUAAAUUAGGGAUCUAAGGGGAGUAAUGGUGUUUACGACGAGCUAACUGCGAGUCGUAAAACUUUUUGAGAUGUUUCAACUAUGAGAAUAAAUCAUGGCUGCUUUACAUAAACAUUUUAUAUUUAUCAAAAGGAAAUUAAUUAAUUUUAAUACUUUUUACCAUUUUGGUAGACAAAGAUAUGGUCCCGAUGUUUGUUGGAAGGCCAGAUGGCUGAUUUUAUUAAAUAGAAUAUGGGGGAUUAUGUAUUUUAUAUAAUAAAAAUAAAUUUAAUAUAUGUAUUUAAUAAAUUGUCAUAAACUGUAUUAUUUGUGAAGUUUUACAUCUGCGCUAUUGGCCUACCAAACAACUUGUUUGAUAUUAAUUUUGUAUAAACUAGUCAUAUCACAGUUCAAGGAACAGUCGGUAGUCUACGUCUUUUUCAUGUCUCGAACAUAGGACAAUUCGGGACACAACUAUCACUGAUAGUUGUUUUUUUUUUAUGCAACUUAGAAUGGCAAAAAAGCUGACGGCCCACCUGAUGGAAAGUGGUAAUCGUCGCCUAUAGACAUGAGCAGUACCAUGGACAUAACAGAGUAUACUGUUUCGCCCAUGAUACCCCCCAUGCGUUGCCAUUCCUGAGGACUCGGGUGUUAUUCCUCUGUACCCAGUAAAUUCACGCCAUAUCCCACCCUUCAAACCGAAACACAGCCAUGCAAACACACUGCUUCACGGUUGAAACACGAAUGGGGCAGAGGUACCCAAGCAAUCGACUUUUGUACAAAGUUUCCCUCUGUGCAAUAUAUAAAAUAUGAAAGUUAGCAGUGUCAGUAAGUUGACAAAGCAACAUUGCUUGUUAUUGUCGCUUGAUGCCCCGCGCUGUUUCCAAUCGUAGAGACGCGGUCGUGACUAGGUCUGAAUUUAAUUAACCUACGUCUGGUAGAUUCAGAUUAGGGAUGGGUGAUAUUUUCAAAUUUUGAAUAUACUAUAAUCGAUAUCAAGAUAUCGAUAUAUUACUUUAUGAUAUCAUAAUUUCAAUAAUAUCGAUAAAUAUCGCUCAUCCCUGAUUUAGAAUUACCUAUAUAUCAUAAUGUACUAUGUAUUGGCGGGUCGAUAGCGCUCAUGUAUAUUUGUUGAAUGGAUUAUCGUAUGUGUGACCAUACUACAUAUAUUGUGCCACAUAGUAUUUUAAUAGUUAUAUCAGCUAUAGUGAUGUAAUGAAAUAAUUAUAAUCAAAUAAAUCGAUCGAUUUUUAUAAUCGAUUAUAAGCUGAUGUACGGUUCUCGAUUGAUAAAAUUGGAUAAUGUGAGAACAUUUGUACUCAUUCUAAUUUUUAUCAUAAUAAUUAAUUUCAUGAUUUGGUUUCUUCAAAUUGUCAUCAUUAUAUCAGCUUUUAACUGUCCACUGUUGAACAUAAGUCUUUUCCUUAUCGGAUUUUGCUAGUAGUUUCCACGUUUGGCAGGCGGGUUGGGAACCGCAGUUAGGCUUUAGAGAUGUUUUAAGAGGGAUGCUGCCACCCAUCCCUCGCCCUCCCUUAGUCGUCUCUUACGACACCCAUGGGAAAGAAAGGGGUGGCUUAUUCUAUGUACCGUGUGGUCCCGGCAACCACACGGUCAAUCUACGGUUUGUCAGACUAUACUCGUAGGUUUUUUAAAGACCUAGUCUGUAUCUUAUUAAUACUUGUUAUUAUGCAUUGGCUUGUAUUUAUUUUUUUAAUCUUGACGAAUAUUAUAUGUGUGUAACUGAGUUUAUAGGUCACUUUUUCGAAUCUUAACUACUUAACUAAAAUGAACUGUCAUGAAAUUUGGUGUGCACGUAGUAUUUGAAGUGGAGAGGGAUAUACAUUAGUUUUUUAUAUUUCACACAAUUCCCAGGGUCUACCGUGAAAUGGUUUCCGCAAUUUUGGAGCGUAACAGAAAUUUUAUAUUAAAAUUACAUAAUACAUAUUGUUUAAAAAUAUUAAAAUAUCGUUGCUUUGGACUUUUUUUUGGUAGAAUUUAUGACGAACGAAAUGCUUCAUUUAUUGAGCCCAUUUGGUUAUGAACGAAUAAACAAAAUUGAGUUUGAAUAUUCGGAACUUAUUUCAUGGUAGACCCCAUGUCGUCAAAGUCGCAGGUAACCUGUAAAAGAGUACAAGUAUUGUUACUUUAUAAAAGGUUAAAGUUAUUAACCUACAAGUAAAUUAAUAAUAUAAUAAAUAUUUUUGACAUUCCGCAACGGUUGCUGUUUAUAAUUUGCUCUCGGAUUGAGGGGCUCGAUAUGAAGUUAUACUCGUUUCGUUUGAGUAUAAAAAAAAGGCUACUGCGAACAUUCUGUAAGAAGUAAUUUCUUACAGAAUGUUCGCAGUAGCCUUUUUUUAGUAGACUUAAAUUUGUAUUAAAUUUUACCGGGGUUAUCUGAAAUUAUCAAUUUUUGUUUUGAUAACGCUUAUGGCCUAUGGUCAGACGAAUUCCAACCAUAUUGAAGUUUUUUUUUCUUGGCUUCUGUGAUCUAAAAAGGUGGAACACAAUUCGUCAUAGUCAUAGAAUACUGACGGAUCUGACGAAUAUAACAUAUAAAAGAUCCGUCAGUAUUCUACGACUAUGACGAAUUAUAUAGUGCAUAUUCUGCUUUCUUAACUAAUUUACUUUUGCAAUAAAGUAAAAGUAUCAAUUUUUUGCGAAGGAUUUCUAUACUUCGGCAUUUUAUAAGGCUCCCCAAUCCAGACUUCUUUUUUUAUAUAGGUUAUUUUAUAUAUUUGUAAUCUGAUCAAUUAGUAUAAUUGUACUGACAUUGAAAAUAUGAGAUACAUAUAUACCGCUGUGUAGUCUAAUACAGUAGAUACAUAGUGUAACAAGGUGGUUUUAGUAUUAUUUAAAUCGAAAAUGAAUGAAAUUUAUUACUGUUUAAAGUGAAAUCGGUUCAAAUUCCAUUCACAAACAAGAAUCCCAUCUGGACAAUAUCCAUUUUAUACCUACAUUUGCAGACAAAUGUGUUUUAUUUAAGAAAACUAAAUUUGUAUGUAUUUUUCGCCGUUCAAAUACCUACUUAGUAUUUGGAUGUCAUUUUAUAAAAGGGGGACUCAAAUAUUAAACUACAGUGAUAUUGUUGUGCAUACGAAUCACAGUACAACCAUGAGGACUAGAUAUUAUUAUGUUUUAGUAAUCUCGGCCAAGUAAUGCGAUUUUAUAUUUGUGAUUUUGUGCUGUAAUAGUAUUGUGUUUUUAAAAAUGUAACUUGUUAAUGUGCUAGAGUUAACUUUUUCAUACUGGCAUAACGUGAUUUUGUUUUCUGUAGUAGUAGGCGAAAAAUAACGAUUUGUUUGGUCCUUUUAUCCUACUCGAAGGACCAAAUAUUACAUAUGGAGUUAAUAAUAAUGGACUGUAUAAUUUAUCGUGCGUACGGCCAAGAAGUGGAACCUCUUUCCCUCCCCCCCUCUCUCUCCCCCUCUCCCUUCCUCCCCCUUCCUCCCCCUCUCCCUUCCUCCCCCUCUCUCCCCCUCUCCCUAUGUUUUUUAUCCAAAUAUAAUCUACACCAAUUUAAAACAAAUGUGAAUAGACGAUUCGUGGGCUCGCGAGCUCCAUCUUAGAUCACAUUAUCACCUUACACCAGGUGACAUCGUGAUCAAUAAUGGAACCUUUCAAUAGUAUUAAAAAAAUCUUCGAACGGUAUAAAAAAAAUUGUUCAUUUUCCCUAUUCGAUAUAUGAAGCCUACUUUAUACACACAAGUACAAAAAUUUUAAUUUACAUUAUGUCAAUAUAAAAAACAGUUAAGUCUAGCACAUUAAAUAAUAAUUUAAAAUACCUAACCGUAAAGACGUGUCCGCUGCUCCAAAAGUUAACAAAUUUAAACAACAUUAUUAGCCAAUCAUAGCGGGCAAUAUAAACAACAUAUUUAUGUGCUCCGUGCUAUCUUGUUAUUAAAGUUAUUAUAGUAUAUUUCACGUUUUAAGCCACGCCUUUAUUUUGUUAACGCACGCAGCGUUUCAAACAAAAUAUACUGUUGUCGCGGUGGAUAUGUCUUAACGUGAGUGGUUGAUAUUUGUUGGAAUGGUUUAUAAUGAUUAUAAAUUUAAAUGACCUUAUUAAUAUAUUUCAAAUGUGAAACCGUCUUAUAGAACAGAGUUUGUAGAUAAAGCACUUGUAAACAUUCUAGUAAGCUAAGAGAUAGUACAAACCAUUUAACACUUUUCAUAGUAGAGUUCGCGGCAAACCUGACCAACCAUAGACAAUAAAGCCUCCGCACUGUGCAAGUCACGAGGUAUAAAAAUGGUUAUCUACUUAAAUAUUUGUCUAUGAUUAAACACUUGGAUUAUCCUUAAUUGGAUAUUAUUAUUAGUUAUUUACUGGUUUUAUACUAGUAUAUUAUAUGUAGGUAUACUUUAUCUACAAGCCCAGUUGAUUGAAGGAAUGGUUAUGUCCGCUAAGAAAGAAUCAUAGAUUAUCAGAAACUAAGGAUGUGACUUAUUCCAAAGUUUAGUAUAUAAAUUAUUUACAGAAAUAAAUUAUGUGCAAAAUUACAA